AUGCGAAUUUCACAAGUCGGAAACGACAGUGCUGAAGAGACCUACAUCGCGAAAAUGCGGUUCCUCUGUUUACAUGGUGCCGGCACCAGCGCCGAGUCACUGAACAGACAAGGUGGAAUCACCCAGGCUCUGGAGGACGAGGGUCACGAAUUUGUAUAUGUCGAUGGACGGGUCGAGUCUGCGCCUGAACCAGAUCUCCAGGGAGCUGGAAUUCCUCCCUUCUUCACCCAUUACCGCCGUGACCAAGCGCCGGGAGAGGAGCUCGGCCUAGCGAUGGACCACGUGAAGGAUAUCAUAGCGAAGCGAGGACCGUUCGACGCAGUCAUGGGCUUUUCGCAGGGCUCCGCGCUGGCGGCCUCGCUCCUGGUCAACCAUGGCAGAACUAAUGAUCAGCCUCUGUUCAAGCUCGCGGUGUUCAUUUGCGGGGCGGCGCCGUACGACCCUGCCAACGGCUUGGAGUUUGUCACGGCCACGGAGGAAAAGUACCCGAUUACGAUCCCGACAACACACAUCGUUGGGAAGCAGGACCCCGUCUACCCGCUGAGCAUGAAGCUGUACGCCGUGUGUGACCCGUCCCAGGCGGAGUUUUACGACCACGGCUCGCGGCAUCUCAUCCCGUUUGAUCUGAAGAACACGGAGGCCAUGAUUGCGACGAUCAAGAAGACCAUUGCGCGCGCGAGCCAGUAA